AUGAUUAUCAGGUGCGGCCGACUCUUGCGGUCCCGGCCGUGCCAGAGACUCCUCCUCAUCGCCGUCUUUGUUCUGACCCCUCUGAUCGUAUAUCUGAUGCUGAUAACUGGCGGCAGCGGCUCAGAUAAUCUGCUGCGCCUGCGCCGCUACAGAGACCAGCAGCAGCAGACGCUUGCGCCUCGAAUUGGCCGCUGCAGCCACGGCGAGCGCACCGCGUGGGCACGUGCCUGGAACUUGACAGAGAGAAACCACCGCGACCUCCUCGAUGAUCGCUUCACAAUCGCAUUAUCCACGUUUCACAGACCCAAGGAGCUCCACAACACCCUCAACAUUUUGCUUGCGAACAAGAUUCCGUCGCUGCUUGAGAUCGUCGUCAUUUGGAACAACCUUGACGAGGCUCUGCCAGCGUCAUUCGUCUCACAGCACGGCGUGAAUGUCCGCUACCGGAAACCAACACGAGACAGCCUCAAUGAGAAGCUCUGGAACGACCCGUCGUAUCGCACGCGUGCCAUUCUGCUCUCUGACGACGACGUCUUUUACCGCCCAGCCGAUUUGACCUUUGUCUUUGAUAUGUGGCGCCGUUUCGGGCGCGCACGUGUGACAGGUGCUCUCGCUCGCUGCGCGCGCGUCGAUGCUGCCGGACGCUGGGAGUACAGCCAGUGUCACCCCGGCGGCAAGUAUGCCCUGGUGCUGACCAACCUGGCGUUUGUGGACGUGUCGGUACUGGACGCUUACAAUUCAGAUUUCGACCCGGUGCAGGAGAUGCGGAGAUACGUGGACGAGUCCCGCAACUGCGAGGACAUUGCGCUCAAUUUUGUGGCAGCGGCGAGGCCGACGACGCCAGACUCAAGAGCGACGAGCGUCAGCGGACCGCUGCUGGUUCGCGGCUCGGGGCAGUAUGUGAAUUUAGAUCCUUCUUCCGGCAUUAGUCGCAGAAGAGGGCAUUUAGCGACAAGAAGUGAGUGUCUGAAUCGCUUCGCCAGCGCAUUUGGAUGCAUGCCACUCGUGGAUGAGGUGGCGCGAAUCGAGUUCGGCGUCAAACACAACGUGUGGUACAAGACGCUCGCUGACAGGUUAUUGCGCUAA